AUGGAGCCUCUCUCCUUCCAGAGGUACAUCUGCUCCCUGGACCCCACCAUUCUGCCCCGCGUCCUCAGGAUCUGCUCUGGUGUCUACUUCCAAGUGCGCCGGGACCUGGUGAAGGUCCCCUCCACACUGGAGGUGGACGUGGAAGAUGUGACGGAAGAGGCGCAGCACGUCCGCUUCGCCCGGCCGCUGCUACUGAGCGAGGUGCUGGCGAUGGAAGAGGCGAUGCCGGCCCAGGCCGAGAUCCUGGAGGGUCCGGUCGGCCCUGCCGUCUUCGAGAGCGCCUGGGAGCGGCGGCUCCGGCGGGGCCAGCAGCUCCACGGCCGCUCCCGUGCCUGGCGGGUGCUGGCCUCGGCCCCCAGCAGCGGCCGCCACUUCCUCCUGUCCAGCGCCUACCAGGGCCGGUUCCGACGGCGGCCGCGGCGCUUCGCGGCGGUGCGGGAGCUGGCGGCCGCCCUGGAGCCGGGCCGGAGGCUGCGCCUCGUGGUGACGCAGGACUGCGAGGGCCGGGCCGGGGACGUGGUCCCGCUCGCCGUGGGGGACCGGUUGGAGGUGCAGAGGCUGCAGGGAAGCGGUGCCGGCAUCCGGCUGCUCUGCCACCGCCGCGGCGGGGAGGAAGACGAGGAGGAGGAGGGCGAGGAGCUACUGCUGCCGCUGGACGUGAGCGGCGGCUUCGUGGAGGAGGCGUCGGACAGCAAGAAGUACAGCCUGCCGGAGCUGCUGCAACGGCAGCCGCUGCCCUGCGAGGUGCGGCUAGCGGCCCCUGACCCGGCGCUGGGGCGGGACGCGCUGGCCGCCCUGCCUGCCCUCCGGCUGGAGGAGCUCCUGGACCAGCCCUUCCUGGUGGGCAGCUUCUGCGAGCAGCCGGAGGAGGGCUUCGAGAUCCCGGCGCGGUGGCUGGACCUCUCCGUCCUGCUAAGCGAGGGGCCCGUCCGCCCCCUGGCCCCCUGCACCCUCCACUCCCGACUGGAGGAGCUGACCGAAGCCUUCUACUACCGGCUGCUGGCACAGCUGCCCGGCAGCGCGGCCCCGCCGCCCCCGCGCCCCCCCAAACCGGCGCGGUCGGGGACGGGCCCCGGGGGAAGGCGCCCUGCGGUUUCCAGAUCUCCGGCGCCCGUCAGAGGCCGCCCGGGUCCUCCGCUGCCGCCGCUCCCGAACCCCCACGGUCCGAGCGCCCCCGGGGCUGCAGGCACCGACAGUGACAGCACUGAACAUGAUUAUGAAACUGUGGACAACAGCAUGCAAAAGACAAUUCACAAAAUGCAGACAAUUUUCCCUUUCUAG